AUGCGGAAUGAAAGAAUACAUCGUCAAAGACAGAAGCAAAUAGAAUUCCAGCAAAAGUUGAAGAAUCAGGUCCAGUCAUCAGACCAAACAACACUUAAUAACAUAGGCCCUCCUAUGGCAGCGUCCACUCCUGCUUACCCCUUGGGGCCUCCCAUCAGCACAUCCAGCCCCAAACCCAACAUAGGAAAACGUAGAGGUCAGCUUGGAAACACUGCACGUCCACAGAGUAACUCAGACCAGCCAGAUAAUGACAACAAAGACCAGCUGCUGAUUGAGGAUGGCAAUUUUGAAGAUGCUGAAAUAUGGAGUCAGUCCUUGGAUUUGGAGAAUAUAGAACCUAUGGAAGGGACUAAUACAGGGAAGGAAGUGAAAAGUUUAAACAAAAGUCGCACAAUUUAUAGCAACAACAGGAAGGCUCGGACACCAAGUAAACAGACAGGUAACACAGAACAGGGUACUCCAAAAGAUGUCACUCUCAACAGGCACUACCCUGUUACAAAGGCUGCACUACCUAGGAAGAUGCCUGGACAAAAUCCCCCAGAUGAUUACAAUGCAGUCCAGAAAAGACGGAGAGUUGAUGUAUGA